CGUCCCUGUAAGCGAAAGCAGGCGUCUUCCAAUAGCGGGAGAGACGAAGUACUUUUUUCCUUUUUAUCCAGCACUUUAAAUACCGGCUUUACUAGUGAGCUGCUGUAUUAUUCCUUGGACUUUUUAUUGGCUUCACUUUUAAUAAUGCCUCGUGGUGGGAAAAAAGGCCACAAGGGCCGAGGGAAGCAGUUCAGCAACCCCGAGGAGAUCGAUCGGCAGAUGAGAGCCCAGAGAGAGAUGGAAGAAAAUGGUGGUGCAGAGAAAGGGAGCUCUUCAGAGUCUGAGGAGGAGAGCAGCAGUGACGACGAGUCUGAGGUUAGAAAGAGGAGUGGUGUGGAGGGGCUGAUUGAGAUUGAGAAUCCCAAUCGUGUGUCUCAGAAGAACAAAAAGGUAGCUGAAGUAGACGUCAGCGCUCCCAGAGAGCUUUCUCGCAGGGAGAGAGAAGAGAUAGAAAAGCAGAAAUCAAAAGAGCGCUACAUGAAACUUCAUCUUGAGGGUAAGACUGAGCAGGCCAGGGCUGACCUGGCCAGACUGGCCAUCAUCAAGAAACAGAGGGAGGAGGCUGCCAAGAAGAGAGACGAACUCAGGAAAGAAAAAGAAGCCGAAGAAGCCAAAGCAAAGCGCUAGACCUUCACCUGAAAGCUUCGGCAUGUGCUUCACUCUCAGAGGGAUGGAGGGAGAUGGAGAGGAGAACAGGGUGGGGACCAUUAUGGAUAGUGUCAGAUCAGGGCUGCUCUUAAACUCCUGUACCUCAUUUUAAAUCAAGCUCGUGGGGCUUCCACAACAGAGAAAACGGGUGGAGUUGAAGCAAGAUGAAGAGAAAUGCAACAUUUGGAUUGCCUCUAGUUUUCUUUAAAAUUCUUUGAAGGUUCCAGAGGAGACAAUCGCAGGUUUUCCAAGUGCUUCACAGCCUCUUCACUGUUCCCCAUUUACCAGGUUUUUAAUUUUUAAGCUGCUGAAGUUAUUUGCAUUCCUUUUGAUUUAUGCCUUUUUUUUUUUUCCCCUUCCUUUAAAUUUCUUUAAUACAAGGUUGCCUAAUAGAUGUUACCGGUCAUGUAAUACAUUGAGUGUGCACGAGGAUUUCAUUGGUGCUUUACCUUUUCUCUAAUUUCAUGUGUUUUGUAAAAAGGCAAACCACUGACAGAUGGAACAUUAAGUAUACAUUAGCAGACAGGAAAUGCACUCUGGAGUUUACUACUUUGUUCUGGGUUUAAAAUGGCAUGCUGCACCACAGUUAUCAGCCAUCAGUUCACUUGAUAUGUUGCCCCCCCCCCCUCCCGCCUCCUACAUUAGAGUAAAAUAGAAUUUUCCAGAGACUGGUGUCCCAUUUUUAGGUCUGGCAUUGAUAUGAGAAUGACAUUUAUUUGGUAAUUUACAGAAAGAAUUGGCUGUCCUCCCCACAACAGCUAGAAAACUUUUUUGGUUUGUCGUAUUUCCCGUGAUAAAUUUUUUUUUUUUUAAUUAACACUUUUUUCCCUUACGGUUGAUGUUUCUUGGUUCAGGACUGGGUUUUUUUCUUUAAAAAAAAAAAAAGACACUGUUUAGGGGGUCAUGUCAGUGCUUGAAAGUUCAGUUUUAAGCAGCCUCAGUAUUUCUGACCUAACGCUGUUUCCAGUGGGAUCUUCUGUAGUUCGCUAGGAGAGUGUCUUUUUGUCGCCUUGUUAAAGUUUACAUAAGACCAGCUUACUGUCUUCUGUAAUUAAAGUGCUACAAAGAACAUACACAUACUUUCUUAGGUAUAUUUACAGUCAGCAGUAAUGCACUUGUAUACAUAAGCACCACUAAUAACAGCUUCCAAAUGAUGACUCAGCUCUUCUCACAGUGCAAACAAUCACUGAAUGCCAUUAACUCACAAAGAGAGGAUUUCCUGCAGGGCAACCGUGUUGUUUAGACUUAACUGGUGUACAUAAUAAACUGGUAACUCAGUAUAUGAUACAUUGGAAAUUUCCUUGAACAGGAAUAUGGAGUUUGCUGUAAUGUGGAAGGGGUUCACAGAACGAACUGUUGGAAGUAUAAAGUGUAUUUGAAAUCAUUUGAAAUAAUAAAAUGAGCAGCCGUGUUGCUGUAUCUAAUUUA